GUCGUCACAUGUGUAUAACAAACGUGUAAGAAAGCUUCAGACAACUGACCACAAUUUGUUUUCUGCUGAUUGCGUUGUUAAUAAUUUGUUCAAAUAUUUCAAUUGAUUUGUUUCAUAUGAAGUACAAGCUGAUUUGGUUUUGACUAGAAUAGAAGAAUCAAAUCAUGAAGUCUUUGAUUAUUGCUUCUUUUGUUUCUCCACAGUUACCAUAUUCAUCUUCUUCAAAAGGAUGUUAUCAUGCAUCAUUAAGAGCAUUAAAGCAAAACAAAGUCAUUCGAUCGCAAUCAAGUUAUGCGAUACACAAUAUUGGCAGAUUUAAAAGAACUUUUCUACUUUCUCGCAAACACAACACAAGUAUUGUUGCAAGUGCGGUUUCUGAACAACCCGUUGGCCCUGGUGAUACAAGUCCUCAAAGUUCCUUACCAAAUGCUUUAAAUGCUUUCUAUAGGUUUUCAAGACCGCAUACAGUUAUCGGAACUGCGUUGAGCAUAGUUUCGGUUUCACUCCUUGCAGUUCAGAAGCUUUCGGAUUUUUCUCCACUAUUCUUCAUUGGUGUUAUGGAGGCUAUUGUUGCUUCCUUCUUUAUGAACAUAUAUAUCGUUGGCUUGAAUCAGUUGUCUGAUAUAGAAAUAGACAAGGUUAACAAGCCGUAUCUUCCAUUGGCGUCGGGAGAAUAUUCUGUUAAAACCGGUGUACUAAUUGUGUCCUCAUUUGCAUUGAUGAGUUUCUGGCUUGGGUGGAUCGUCGGUUCGUGGCCUUUAUUUUGGGCACUUUUCGUAAGCUUUGUUCUUGGAACAGCAUAUUCAAUCAACAUACCGAUGCUGAGAUGGAAGCGAUUUGCUCUCGUAGCAGCAAUGUGUAUUCUAGCCGUAAGAGCGGUAAUAGUCCAAAUUGCAUUUUACCUACACAUUCAGACUUUCGUUUACAGAAGACUCGCUGUGUUCCCUAAACCCGUGAUAUUUGCAACCGGGUUCAUGAGUUUCUUCUCUGUUGUUAUAGCAUUGUUUAAGGACAUACCCGACAUUGUUGGAGACAAGAUAUUUGGCAUUCAAUCAUUUACAGUCCGUUUGGGUCAAAAGCGGGUGUUCUGGAUUUGUAUUUUGUUACUUGAAGUGGCUUACGGUGCUGCUAUUUUAGUUGGGGCGUCGUCUCCCUUUCUUUGGAGCCGAUGCAUAACGAUAUUUGGCCAUGUGAUUCUCGGUCUAAUACUCUGGAGGCGUGCCAAGUCGACUGAUCUGGAGAACAAAUCAGCAAUAACCUCAUUUUACAUGUUCAUAUGGCAGUUGUUCUAUGCUGAGUACCUGCUCAUACCGCUUGUGAGGUGACUUGAAACAAUAUUGACGUAGGGCCCGCCUACGCGUUUGUUGUUCUGGUUUUGCCAUCGUUCUGGCUCAAUGGUCCGAAGGACAGUUGUUAGGGGUUUAGUACUAGAUAGUGGAGACACAUAAUAUUUGCAACAUAUUGUUGGUUUCAAACUCUUGAAACAAAGAUAAUAAAGUAUGGAUUCUUUUAAACAGUAA